UGAGAUAUUUGUAAACAUUGAGACUUUAUUUCGCAGCUACAUGAAUUCAGAGAACAAUCGUGUUGACAUUUUCAGAACUGCUUCAAAGCAACCUGUUAGGCAUAAUGUUCAUGCAGAGGAGAGAAUAGAUGCCAAAUGAGUAAACAGUCAUCUUUGUCAAGCAGAGGGGGAGUUGGAGAGAUUUCCAACCUGACCUUAUCACUGCAUGGACCAUUCACAUGAAGCAAUAAUGAAGUUGCAUAGAACACGCUACUUAAACGUCAGCCUACUUCAUGUUCGUUUAUCAUACCCAUGCUCACACAGUGUCUCGUACAAGGAAGCCACCACAUCAUUACAACCAUUAAUAUCUCAACGCAGUUUAAACAAAAGUGCAAUGAACUCCACAGAUGCCAGUGCUUCCAACACCACUGUUCUGCCAAAUGGGUACAGCGCAAUGAACUCCACUAAUGCCAGUGCUUCCAAAACCACUGUUCUGCCAAAUGAGUACAGUUACACCUUGCUGUCCAUGUACACUGUGGUCCUUGUUGUCGGCAUCUGUGGCAUCGCACUCACGAUUGACAUCUUGAAGUCCAAUGUGCGAUCUGUCACGACCAUGGCAGUGCUCAACUUGAUCGCCGUGCACAUAUUGUUCCUGCUGACUGUUCCCUUUCGCAUGUACUUCUACGCCUCAGGCCACUGGAAUCUAGGACCCGACUUUUGCAAGUUCAUCAGCAUGAUGAUCCACGCCCACAUGUAUAUUGCUUUCAUAUUCUACGUCGUCAUCCUGGCCGUGCGGUUCAUCUCCUUCUUCAAGAAAAGGGAUAAACUGGAAUUCUACAGGAGACUCCAUGCUCUGAUUGCCAGCCUGACUGUGUGGGUUGUCAUCCUGGGGCUGAUACCUGUGACUGUGAUGAAGUACGGCACCGACAAUACAGCCGACAGCAACCAGUGCUUUGUAUUUGGAGACGCCUUGAAGACCCCAAGUGUAGCCAUUAUAAACUACCUGCUUUGUGCCGUGCUGCUGUUGGUGACUUUUGUCUUCCUGGCUAUUGAGCUUUGGAUACUAGGGAUAGUAUACAAGAUACAUGGCAAGACUGCACUAAAUCACCAAGAGUUCUGGGCACAGGUGAAAAGCCUGUGCUUUGUGAUGGUCAUAUUCAUUUGCUUUGCCCCUUACCAUGCAUUCAGGAUUUACUAUGUGACAAGGUUUGUGCAUGAGAAGGACGAGUCAAGUUUGAACCAACUGCAGUUUAAGAAUGAGAUUUUUUUGGCUGUGACAGCCUUCAGCUCUUCUGACAUGCUAAUUUUCAUUAGCAAGAAAUGUUGGGGCAGCCUUCUACCUCAGCGUUGUAUUUGCUGGUAGUGUGACUGGGAUACAUAUUUUGUGUCCAUCAAAACAAAUAUACAAACAAACUCAAAACAAAAAAAUGCAGGUCAAUUGUGCUGAUUUGGAAUGUCAAAAAAGUCAUGCUAAACUUUGGAAAUAUUAUAUUCAUAAGAAUCUCAUCUACAACAUCACACAUCACAACUUUGACCAGACAAAAUACUAAUACUAAAGUAAUACUUUAGCAAUCGCUUGCAAUUAGGGUGACCAGAUGCAAACAGAUCAAAUAAUGGGAUGAGUAGUACGUUUGUGUGGGACCAUGUGGGGCAUCUUACAUAAUGUGUAUCUAACUGAAGAUUUGUAUUUGUAGAUUGUAUCCUGCCUUUUGGCUCGUAAACACCUGUACUUUGUCUUUCUCGUCGAUUCCACAGCAAUCAGCUGUCAGUAAUCAGCAAUUAGGCCAUAAAAAAUAGGUGAGGUUUUGCUAUUAAAACGUCUGGCGUCUCAGGUGUUGUUAUCAAGUGGCUGAAAUCAUACUUACAAGACAGGAGCUUUUUUGUUGCAGUUGGCAACCUUCUUAACAAAAAAGGACUUAAAGCAAAGGACACUGUCAGAAAUCUUGAUGUCCUCUUAGACAGUGAUCUAAAUUUGAACAGCCACAUGAACGCAAUUACUAAAUCUGCAUUCUACCAUCUCGUUCUACCAUUGCCAAACUUAGGGGUUUUAUGUCAAAAGAUGACUUGGAAAAACUAAUUCAUGCCUUUAUCUCCAGUAGGGUUGAUUACUGCAAUGGGCUGUUCACAGGCCUUCC